GCUGUGCGCGUGCGCCGAGGUUGCCCCGCCCAGGCCAGGCCCCGCUCCGCCCCGCCCCGCGCACGCCGGCCGCGCCCACGUGACCGGUCCGGGUGCAAACACGCGGGUCAGCUGAUCCGGCCCAACUGCGGCGUCAUCCCGGCUAUAAGCGCACGGCCUCGGCGACCCUCUCCGACCCGGCCGCCGCCGCCAUGCAGCCCUCCAGUCUUCUGCUGCUCGCCCUCUGCCUGCUGGCUGCACCCGCCUCCGCGCUCGUCAGGAUCCCGCUGCACAAGUUCACGUCCAUCCGCCGGACCAUGUCGGAGGUUGGGGGCUCUGUGGAGGACCUGAUUGCCAAAGGCCCCGUCUCAAAGUACUCCCAGGCGGUGCCAUCCGUGACCGCGGGGCCCAUUCCCGAGGUGCUCAAGAACUACAUGGACGCCCAGUACUACGGGGAGAUUGGCAUCGGGACGCCCCCCCAGUGCUUCACAGUCGUCUUCGACACGGGCUCCUCCAACCUGUGGGUCCCCUCCAUCCACUGCAAACUGCUGGACAUCGCUUGCUGGAUCCACCACAAGUACAACAGCGACAAGUCCAGCACCUACGUGAAGAAUGGUACCUCGUUUGACAUCCACUAUGGCUCGGGCAGCCUCUCCGGGUACCUGAGCCAGGAUACCGUGUCGGUGCCCUGCCAGUCAGCGUCGUCAGCCUCUGCCCCGGGCGGUGUCAAAGUGGAGAGGCAGGUCUUCGGGGAGGCCACCAAGCAGCCAGGGAUCACCUUCAUCGCAGCCAAGUUUGACGGCAUCCUGGGCAUGGCCUACCCCCGCAUCUCCGUCAACAACGUGCUGCCCGUCUUCGACAACCUGAUGCAGCAGAAGCUGGUGGACCAGAACAUCUUCUCCUUCUACCUGAGCAGGGACCCAGAUGCGCAGCCUGGGGGUGAGCUGAUGCUGGGUGGCACAGACUCCAAGUAUUACAAGGGUUCUCUGUCCUACCUGAAUGUCACCCGCAAGGCCUACUGGCAGGUCCACCUGGACCAGGUGGAGGUGGCCAGCGGGCUGACUCUGUGCAAGGAGGGCUGUGAGGCCAUUGUGGACACAGGCACUUCCCUCAUGGUGGGCCCCGUGGAUGAGGUGCGCGAGCUGCAGAAGGCCAUCGGGGCCGUGCCGCUGAUUCAGGGCGAGUACAUGAUCCCCUGUGAGAAGGUGUCCACCCUGCCCGCGAUCACACUGAAGCUAGGAGGCAAAGGCUACAAGCUGUCCCCAGAGGACUACACGCUCAAGGUGUCGCAGGCUGGGAAGACCCUCUGCCUGAGCGGCUUCAUGGGCAUGGACAUCCCGCCACCCAGCGGGCCACUCUGGAUCCUGGGCGACGUCUUCAUCGGCCGCUACUACACUGUGUUUGACCGUGACAACAACAGGGUGGGCUUCGCCGAGGCUGCCCGCCUCUAGUUCCCAAGCCGUCCGCGCGCCAGCACAGAAACAGAGGAGAGUCCCAGAGCAGGAGGCCCCUGGCCCGGCGGCCCCUCCCACACACACCCACACACUCGCCCGCCCACUGUCCUGGGCGCCCUGGAAGCCGGCGGCCCAAGCCCGACUUGCUGUUUUGUUCUGUGGUUUUCCCCUCCCUGGGUUCAGAAAUGCUGCCUGCCUGUCUGUCUGUCCAUCUGUUUGGUGGGGGUAGAGCUGAUCCAGAGCACAGAUCUGUUUCAUGCAUUGGAAGACCCCACCCAAGCUUGGCAGCCGAGCUUGUGUAUCCUGGGGCUCCCUUCAUCUCCAGGGAGUCCCCUCCCCAGCCCUACCAGCGCCCGCUGGGCUGAGCCCCUACCCCACACCAGGCCGUCCUCCCGGGCCCUCCCUUGGAAACCUGCCCUGCCUGAGGGCCCCUCUGCCCAGCUUGGGCCCAGCUGGGCUCUGCCACCCCUACCUGUCCAGUGUCCCGGGCCCAUUGAGGAUGAGGCCACUAGAGGCCUGAGGAUGAGCUGGAAGGAGUGAGAGGGGACAAAACCCACCUUGUUGGAGCCUGCAGGGUGGUGCUGGGACUGAGCCCGUCCCAGGGGCAUGUAUUGGCCUGGAGGUGGGGUUGGGAUUGGGGGCUGGUGCCAGCCUUCCUCUGCAGCUGACCUCUGUUGUCCUCCCCUUGGGCGGCUGAGAGCCCCAGCUGACAUGGAAAUACAGUUGUUGGCCUCCGGCCUCCCCUC